GUCUCAGAUUUCUUGUUGAAAACACAUCUCACUUUGACAAAUGGAUACCUCAACGCCCGCCACCAACGCGUCGGCAGCAGCAGCAGCAGCACCCUUCGACAGCACCUUCCAUCUGCGUUACUACACUGGGCACAAGGGCAAGUUCGGACACGAGUUCCUCGAAUUCGAGUUUAGCUCUGAUGGUCUGCUGCGUUAUGCCAACAACACACACUACCGCGGCGAGACAAUCAUUCGCAAGCAGGUCUAUGUCAGCCGCGCAGUCCUCCAAGAACUCAAGCGCAUUCUCGCCGACAGUGAAAUCACACGCGAAGACGGCAACAUGUGGCCCAAGCCAGAGCGCAGCGGUGGCAAGCAGGAGCUGGACAUUGAGAUGGACGGCGUCCGAAAGAGCUUCAACGUCUCUGUCAUUGGCAAAUUGUCGGACGUCGAUAACAGCAACGAUGCUGAAGGUCUCAAGAUUUUCUUCUACCUUGUGCAAGACUUGAAAGCAUUCGUCUACAGUCUUAUUUCGAUGCACUUCAAGAUCAACCCAAUUCCCCAACAGCUGGGCCAGGCCUAAUUUUUUUUUUUUUGGAGAAAAAAAAAAAAGGCUCGAAAUGUUGCGGCUUAUGUGUUUGUCGUUUUGCUGUUGUUUUGUUGCAUUUUGCACUGAAAAGAAAACCAAAUCAGGAGUCUCUUCAUCUCUGCCCUUGUCAACCGCUUUUGCUCGGCAGGAUGAAAUGGUGG